AUGGACGGGAAAACCUCUCUGACCACGGCAUCGUCCAGCAGUGUCCCUCCCAGCCUCCAUGCCUCCACAGUCAGCAACAUCUUCAGUGCCCGACCGCCGCAGCCUCGAGAAAGCGUCCUCGGCAUUAGCUUCAAGCCCUACAGCCCGGAGUCCAGCCCAGCCCCGGCCCCCUGCACGACCUGUGAGAGCGCACGUAAAGGAUCCUCCAUGUUCAGAGCUCCCUGCAUGAGCCAGCGACGGCUUGCGCUCAUCUUCUGCAUCUCCGUCCUCAUCGUGCUGCUCAUCGCUCUCAUCCUGCUGUUUAUGUUCUGGCGGUCGCAGACCGGCAUCGUGUACAAGGAGCCUGCUGAGAGCUGCAAGGACAGCCCCGUGCGCUGCGACGGCAUCGUCGACUGCUCCCAGAGGAGUGACGAGCUGGGCUGCGUGCGCUUCGCAUCUGACGAGUCCUUGCUCCACAUCUACUCGAGUGCUGAGAGCCAGUGGCUGCCGGUGUGCAGCAGCGCCUGGGAUGACUCCUUCUCCAGAAAGACCUGCCAGCAGCUGGGAUUUCAGAAUGCAUCGCAGACUGAAUACAUUCCCCUGCACGUCUCCGGCAAGAGCCUCACUGUGACUGAUGAGCGAGAGACCAUCCAGCAGAGCCUCAACAGCUCCCACUGUCUGACGGGAAAGUACGUCUCCCUCCGAUGCACAACCUGCGGGCAGAGGAUUUCUGGCCGAAUCAUUGGAGGAAAGGAAACCUCCGUGACCAAGUGGCCCUGGCAAGUCAGUGUGCAGUAUGGGCCCAUCCACAUCUGCGGCGGCACCAUCAUCGACGCGCAGUGGGUCCUCACCGCGGCCCACUGCUUCUUCAUGAACAGCAUGAAGAUCCUCGAUGACUGGAAGGUGUACGGCGGGGUCUCGGACCUGAAGCAGCAUGCGGAGGGCAUUCCCGUCUCCCAGGUCAUCAUUAACUCCAACUACAGCGACGAUCACGAUGACUAUGACAUUGCACUCAUGAAGCUCUCCAGGCCGCUGACGCUCUCAGCUCAGGUUCGCCCAGCCUGCCUCCCCAUGUACGGCCAGCAAUUCCAGACCGGCAGGUCCUGCUUCAUCACCGGCUUUGGGAAGACCAGGGAGAACGAAGAUAACACGUCCCCAAAGCUGCGGGAGGCCGAGGUGAAGCUGAUUGACUACAAGGUCUGCAACAGCGACAAGGUGUACGAGGGCUACCUGACCCCACGGAUGAUGUGUGCCGGGUACCUGCAGGGGGGGAAAGAUGCGUGCCAGGGUGACAGCGGAGGGCCCCUGGUCUGCGAGGACAACGGCCGCUGGUAUGUGGCUGGGGUCACAAGCUGGGGGACAGGAUGUGGCCAGAAGAACAAGCCCGGUGUUUACACGCGUGUGACAAAGCUUCUCAGCUGGAUAUACAGCAAAAUGGAGAGUGAGAACGACUAA